GGCCGCGUGCUGGCGCCGCAGCGGCAGCGGGCGGGUGCGGGGAGUGGCGGCCCGGGAGACGCGGCCUGCGGACUGCGCGUGCGAGACUCGAGCGGACGUGGGACCACGAAAACAGGAUGCGUCUCACGACCAGCCUCAGCCCAGCCGGUGGCCAGAGUUCGAGCUGACCUCUUAAGUUCACCCUGCGUGACCCGGUGACCGGCCCGCCAGCCCAGCUUCUCUGGAGUAGCAAGGACCACCCCGCGGGCUGGGCGGAGCUGGGGACAGAGACCCCCUUCUCAAGCAGAGCUCUCUCCAUUGCGUCAGGGAGAACGAGCGCCGCUACUUGCAGUCCACUGAGCCGUCUUGCAGGACGCAACGGUGCCGCAAUGAAUGCACUCGUCUGAACCAAGUCAAGCGACGGACAGCACCGGCGUUUUGAAGCGAACAGAACCAUCUGCGAUUGAAGGCGGGCCGGACCGAAGUGAGCGCAGCGCGUGCGGCUGAAGUGGCAGGGCCGUCCCGCAGCGGACAGUCUCGCCUCGGCGGGCAGCUGCGAACGGCCGGCCGUCUGGCGAGGCGGCGCGACGAUGGCGGCCAUCUGGUGCCCUCUGGCUGUGUUGCUGCUCUGCUGGGGCGCGCCGGCACGCGCCGGCUGGCAGGACAACCUGUCGCCGCGCAGAUACGUCCGUUUCGAUGCGGACGACACGGCAUCGUUUCAAAGCAACCACAGCGACGGCGACUUCUUCCGCAUCCUGCUGAGGGAGGAGAGCUUCAUCAUCGUGGGAGCAAGGGAAGCGGUGUACAACCUGAGCCUGACUGACCUGAGUCUAGUGCGGAAGCUGAGCUGGGCGUCUAACGCAUCCACCGUGGAGCUAUGCCGCCUCAAGGGAAAGCCGCCGGUGCAGUGCCAGAACUACAUCCGCAUCCUCGCGAAGACUGAAGACGGUGGCCUGCUGGUGUGCGGUACGAACGCCUUCAGCCCGAAGUGUCGGCACUACAGGAUCGCGGAGGGCGACUACGAGCGGCCGUCGCGGCUGGAGAAGCGGGGGGUGGGCCUCUGCCCCCACUCGCCGGUACACAACAGCACCAGCACCUACGUCGACGGCCAGCUGUACGUGGGCACGGCGGCCGACUUCUCCGGACAGGACGCGCUGAUCCUGCGGGACCGACUGCGCACCGACAAGUGGGAGACGGUCGACCUGGACGAUCCACAUUUCGUCAACUCAUUUGCCCUGGGCGAGCACGUGUAUUUCUUUCUGCGUGAAAAAGCGGUGGAGCACAUCAACUGUGGAAAGCGGGUGUACUCGCGCGUGGCGCGCGUGUGCCGCCAGGACAGCGGCGGACCGAACCGGUUCAAGCACGCCUGGACGUCUUACGUCAAGACUCGUCUGAACUGCUCGGUGGGCGGCGACUUCCCCUUCUACUUCGACGAGAUCCAGGCCGUCUCGGACGUCGUGCAGAGCAGCUACGGCGGGGACCAGAACCGCUUCGUGUACGGCGUGUUCAGCACGGCGCCGAACGCCAUCGGCGGCUCGGCGGUCUGCGCGUUCCGGCUGCAGAGCGUGCUGGACGCGUUCGCCGGCCCGUUCAAAGAGCGCGCCUCGCUCAACUCCAACUGGCUGCCUGUGCCGGCCAGCAGGGUGCCGGAGCCGAGACCCGGCCAGUGCGUCAACGACUCCAAGGCGCUGCCGGACGUGACGCUGAACUUCGUGCAGGCGCACCCCCUGAUGGACGAGGCGGUGGGGGCGUUCUUCGGGGGACCGAUCUUGACACGGACCAGCACCAGGUACCGGUUUUCGGCGGUGGCCGUGGACCCGCGUGUGAGGACGCUAGGCGGAGGCGCAGCCGGCCACCACGUGGACGUCAUCUUCGUCGGUACAGACAACGGCCGCGUGAUCAAGGCGUUCAACAGCGACCAGCGCAGGGCCUCGCCGGUGGUGAUUGAGGAGAUCCAGGCGUUCCCCACCACGGACCCUGUGCGAGGGAUACACGUGAGUCGCGCCGGCCAGCCGCGCCUGGUGGCCAGCUCCGACACGCAGGUCAUCUCCAUCCCCCUGGACCGCUGUCACGCCGACAAAAUCACUAUCUGCAGCGAGUGCGUGGCGCUGCAAGACCCGUACUGUGCCUGGGACCAGCGGCGUAUGCGCUGUGCAGCCGUCGGGCCCGAGUCGCACACGAGGUCGGACCUGGUGCAGAGCGUGCUGGACGGCGUGUCGCCGCGAUGUCCCCAACGGCCGGCUCUGACGCGGGACCAGCUGGCACCGGACCAGCGGCCCGACGACGAGUUCGGCCACGAGCAGCCCCUCUCCUUCCAGUCGGAGGCCGGCCUGGGACGCCACGACCGGCCGCGGUCCGGCUACCCGGGGCACGGCGCAGCAGGUGAUCGGGAGCCGACAGAUGGCGCCGUGGUCUCGGCGGAGACGCUCGGCCUGGUGGUGGCCGCCACGGCCAUCUCGGCACUGGCACUGGGCUUCGCGGCCGGCCACUGCUGCGCCCGCCGCUGCCGCAAGGACGACGUCAAUCUGCCGUACGCUGACACCGACUACACGUACUUUGACCAGCGGCAGGCCGGCGGCACCAGGCUGAACCACGACCCAGCGCUGAUGGGGGAGGAGGUGACGUACUCGGAGCCCGUCCUCAUCCCGACCAACAACAUGGUGUCCACCCUGAAGAAGCACCAGCAGGACGCCUCCAUCAUUCCUCUGCAGUACACAGAGGGCCGGGACGGUCCGCCGCUGUCGCUGCCGAUGCGCCACCAGCUGUCGGACGAGCGAGGUGGGCCGCCGCUCUCGCUCCGCGGUGAGCCGUACGGCACACACCGUCAGCUGCGGUCUCGCACCCUGCCCACGGCCGACCCAGGCCUAGGAGAGGAGCUGGCGCAUCGGUUGAAUUCCCCUGGCCACCAGGACACACCCAUCAAUGAAGCAUACGGCACCGCGCGGAGCACCCGGCGAGUUUACCUUUGAAUGCCACCACAAGAUGGCAGCAGCGCAAUACUUCGGCUUUUGCGAUCCAGGAGCGAGGACGCAGUGCAGAUGCAUUGCCUGUUGUGUUUUGGUACGAAAAGACGUUUUUCUUCGCUCGGGGCGCACCGUUCCGGUAGCAAUGUAGUACCGCACGCGAGAAUGAGGAGACAGUCUAGUCGAUAGAUGAUUGGCACAAACUGCCUGUGAACGGAGCGAUGCCAGCGGAAAAGCUAAACUUGUAGCUUGUCAGUGCGCCCUUUACCUGAUGGAGACUCCAUACAGGAUCGAGCCGGCCGGGCACGCUGCAGACAGCCGUUUUAUAGCCGCGUGCGAGCGCGCCUCUACGGCCCACGAGAGUGCACAGGUUGUAGGCAUGUAUCGUCUCUGUCACGAGACCGCUAGGACCGCAUUGCGCGAACGCAUGCGUACAUUGUAUAGGGUGAUUUUAUAUUGGCUUGUACUCGUGGUAGUCCUUCCCUUCCGGCUGAAAUUCUGGUGCGAAGGGCCACUCGUCGCUAUGCUGAAAAUACCCUCGCCAUCGUUCGUCCUGGCGCGCAUUCUCUCCUCGUCCCAGCGCGGGCUUUAUCCACGCGCGCCGGACGCUGACGAGCGGGGCGCGCCGAGCACAGCCGACCACCGCCCGCUAUCGGAGGCGGGGUCAGGCCGGCGGCGAGCGCCAGCCCACUGAGUCGUCUGCAGGGUCCGGCUCGGGGCAUGACCCGGCGGCUCGG